UUCCCAACUUCCUGACCAAUGAACGUCGUCAGGUAACCCAUGUGAUUACAUGCAUUCUAACCCAGGAAUUUGUCAGGAUAGAGAUUUUUUCAAAACACCGGGAUCUUCUUUAAUACUAACUUUUAAAACCUUGCAUUCUGCUUUGGACCAUUCUUUUGUUUUUAGUGUUGAUGCAUGCAAAUAAGAGAUGCUGAGUAGAGCAAAGAUAAAGACAUUAAAAUCUUUAUUCAAAUGGAUUUUCAUCUUAUACUUAAUAACUUUCUUUGUGUGUUUACCUUUUCGAGAAUCGAAGGAUAAUGUACAAAUAACUUCGUACAAACUAGUUCAAGCAUAUGUGAAUGCUGGGAUCAUCAGGUCAUUUUCGACAAAACCUGUAACUUGUGAUAAUAAGGAUGUGUUUCUGUUAAUUAUUGUUCAUAGUUCUGUGUCGAACUUCGAAAAACGAAAUGCCAUCAGAAAUACAUGGGGAAAUGUAUCAAAUGUAGAAAAGCCUAUCCUCGUUAAAUUUCUCUUGGGGAAAAGUAAAGAAGAUACUCAACAGGAUUUAGCAACGACUGAAAACCGUAUCUACAAUGAUAUUCUAUUUGAAAACAUCAUAGAAACUUAUGAAAACCUGACAAGGAAAUCUAUUGCUAUGUUACGUUGGGCGUCCAUGAAUUGUCAUCGGGUUCGUUAUCUGCUUAAGGUAGAUGAUGACAUUUUUCUUAACCUUCCAAGACUUCUAAAUGAGGUAACGAAGAAUCCUACCGAAAAUUCAAUAACUGGAUGUAAGGUCAAGGAUUCUACUCCGUUCCGAUUUCCAAUAAAUAAAUGGACAGUGUCAAGGACACAAUAUAAAGAAGACUACUAUCCCGAUUAUAUAGCCGGAACUGCAUAUCUUAUCAGUGGUGAUAUUUUACACAACCUGUACAUGGCCACUCAAAAAGUUCCGUAUUUUAUAUUCGAAGAUAUUUACAUCACUGGUCUAUGUAGGCAAUAUAUUGAAGCCCGUGCUGUAGAGCAUAAGGGUUUCAGUUGUGGAUAUCGCGAUGAGGGGCCUUGUGGAAAGAACUUCCGUUAUGGAAUCACUGGACAUCAUUAUAGUCCAUCAGAAAUAAAAAGGAUGUGGGUAGAACUGCAAGACAGAUGGUCCAACUGUCGCAUUUUGGAUAACUUUAUCAUUUACAAACUUGUUGAUAUCUUUAGGUUUAUGUUUUUAUGAAAGAACAUUUUUGAGAAUACUAAAAGAAUAAAGCAUCGCUAAAUAAA